CAAAGAUCUGUACAAGAACAUCAUGAUGGAGGAUCACCAGCCACCAAUUAAAGAAGAAAGAACAACUCCCAGUCCUCUUCUUCUACAUGAUGAGAGAUGUCCCAGUCCUCUUCUUCUACAUGAUGAGAGAUGUCACAGUCCUCUUCUUCUACAUGAUGGUUCGGAAGAACAUCAAAGCAUUUCAUAUGAUGAUCAGAUAGAUGGAAAUAAGCUUUUAAAUCUGGGUAAAGAUCUGACCAAUAUUAAGGCUGAAGAUACAUAUGUGAGGGGUGAUGAGCAGAUCAUAGAGGACAUUCCCACCGAUAACCACCCAGAUGACUGUACCAGGAGCUCAGACAAACAUUUGAUGUUGGAUUUUAGAACAGAUGAGUGUGGUGUCACAGAAGAUACACAUGAAGAGCAUGCCAUUAUCUCAGAAAUAUCCUCAGCCUUUCACAGCAAAGAUCUAUUAUCUGAUCCUUUGGAUGGAUUUCCAUCUUCUGAUUCAUCACAGACUGUUAAGCAAAAUAAAAGACACAGAAGAAGUGUUCAACAUCAAAGAAGUCACACAGGGGAGAAUGCUCUUUCAUGCUCAGAAUGUGGGAAACAUUUUAACUCUAAAUCACAUCUUGUUAGACAUAACAGAAUUCACACAGGGGAGAAGCCAUUUGCAUGUUCAGAAUGUGAAAAACAUUUUAACUCUAAAUCGCAUCUUGUUAGACAUCAGAGAAUUCACACAGGGGAGAAGCCAUUUGCAUGUUCAGAAUGUGAAAAACAUUUUAACUCUAAAUCGCAUCUUGUUAGACAUCAGAGAAUUCACACAGGGGAGAAGCCAUUUUCUUGUUUAGAAUGUGGGGAAUGUUUUAACCAAAAAUCAUGUCUUGUUAUACAUGAGAGAACUCACGCAGGGGAGAAGCAAUUUUUAUGUUCAGAAUGUGGGAAAUGUUUUCAGCAGAAAUCAUGUCUUCUUAACCAUCAGAGAAUUCACACAGGGAAGAAGCCAUUUUCAUGUUUAGAAUGUGAAAAAUAUUUUAACUGUAAAUCACAUCUUCUUAGACAUCAGAGAACUCACACAGGGGAGAAGCCAUUUUCAUGUUCAGAAUGUGAAAAGCAUUUUAACCGUAAAUCAAGUCUUGUUAUACACGAGAGAACUCACACAGGGGAGAAGCCAUUUUUAUGUUCAGAAUGUGGGAAAUGUUUUCAGCAGAAAUCAUAUCUUCUUAUUCAUCAGAGAAUUCACACAGGGGAGAAGCCAUUUUCUUGUUCAAAAUGUGGGAAAUGUUUUCAGCAGAAAUCACAUCUUCUGAACCAUCAGAUAAUUCACACAGGGGAGAAGCCAUUUUCAUGUUUAGAAUGUGAAAAAUAUUUUAGCCGGAAAUCACAUCUUGUUAGACAUGAGAGAAUUCACACAGGGGAGAAGCCAUUUUCUUGUUCAGAAUGUGGGAAAUGUUUUCAGCAGAAAUCAUAUCUUCUUAACCAUCAGAGAAUUCACACUGGAAAGAAGUGAUUUUAAUGUGCAGAAUAUGAUAACUAGAGAUGAGCUAACA